AUGGGGCCUAUUCACUGUACCAACCAUGCCUGUUGCAUGCCCAUUAAUCUUAAUGCCCACAAGGCCAUUAAGAAGUUCAUUAUUCAGACCACAGUAGAGGCCACCACCUUCAGGGACAUUUCUGAAGUGACUGUCUUCAAUGCCUAUGUGCUUCCCAAGCUGUAUGUGAAACUAUAUUAUUGCGUGAGUUGUGCCACUCACAGCAAGGUAGUAAGGUAUUGCUCCUGUGAAGCACAGAAGGACUGA